AUGAACAUUUUGAAGAAGUUUAUGGAUUCUGGUAGCAAGCCAGAGCUCAUCACGAUACCUUCUGGGCAGUUUAAUCUUUUGAGGUCUAAGAAUUCUCCUAAAGCCGCUCUAGAAUGUAUUUACAAUAAUGCUACCUUAAGUGUACGUAAAAUUGGCAAAUUUGAUUACGAGUUGGCUGUUUAUAGGGUAGAAGACGAUAGCGAAGGUGGCACAGGGGAUGAGGCUGAGAAUUUUGAAGAUGACACUAUCAGUGUUUUGUCCACGCAGUCUAAGAAGAAAGAAGAAGAAUGGAGCGUCGAAAUAUCGGAUAAAAUUAUGUUUCACAAAACUUGGGAUAAACAAGGGAACAUGGCGCUUGUGUGGGAGAAUUUAAGAGGCGAUGAGCAAGAUGAAAAGGUUCAAUUUGUUGUUGCCUCUGAUGUCUCAUUGUCUGAUGUUGAACAGUUUAUUCAAACUGUUUAUCGAUGCCAAUAUGAGGUGAGAAAUAAGAAAUCCUCUCUUACUGCCUCAGCAGAUGACUUGAAGGAGAUAGAGCAUAAAUCAACCAGGCUUUUUGUUCAAGAUGAUGAUGAUGAGUCUGAUUCAAGUUCAGAUGACUUUCAAGAUGCCAAAGACAUCUCUUUUGAGUACAAGGAGGAUAGCGAGAUAUUGGAAAGAACCCCUUCUCCAUUGAAAAAGGUUCCAGACGGAGAUUAUCGUUGUUUAAUGAUGUCUAGCUUAUACAUGUAUGAUCCGAUCCAAGAGAAAUUUAUUCUUCAAGAGCCCAUGGUAAAGGUGGCAAUUAUCGAUAUAGGCAAGUACGAGUUUUGGUUAGCGAUAGAAGGUAAAGAUAAUCGUCUUGGAACUCAAAUUGCUCCAAAUAUCAAUCCCACUUUUGAAUUAGUUACUGACGCCUUUCUUUUCAAUUAUACGCUUCAAAAUAUCACAUUGUCUUAUAUGUUAAAAUUUAAAGACCUAGACAAAUGUAUUCAAUUCAGGUCUACUUGGGUUGAAUGUCUAUGGAUGACUUUGAACAAAGAAACGUGGAACGAUGUUCCUGAAAGGGAGAAAGAUUACAUUUUAGAUUCAUCAUCCGUGCCAUUGGAAAAGCAAUUCGAAGACAUUUUACACAUAGGUGAGAGCUCAAAUGAAAGAAGUGAUAAAGAAUCAAGCGAUAGUGAAAAUGAUAGCGAAGAUGAAGAAGACGAGAACGAUCAUUCUAAAAGAAUCAUUUCAUCUGAAGCCUUUGAAGACCCUAAACGUGCAACUUCCAAAGGUAAUAGUUCAUUGACUGUCGCCUUUAGGAACAAUAGGUCAUAUGUUACAAGAGAUAACAAAAUUGGUGUGUUUAAAACGGAUGAUGAAGAUGAUUCCUUAGAAUUCGUUACCGCCAUAAAGAAUGUUUCUAAUCUAAGUGGUAAACGCAUUGAUCCUCAUAAGCCAAUGUUGUACAUGGAAGAUCGUAAUUUAAUAUUGACUGACGGUGAAAAUGAGAACAAACUUUAUAAGAUGGAUAUAGAAAGAGGAAAAGUGAUUGAAGAAUGGAUUACUGGUGACAAGAAUGUCGUUCAAUAUGGUCCAACUAAGAAAUUUGAUCAAAUGACCCCAGAACAAACAAUUGUUGGUGUUUCACAGAAAGGCGUGUUCAAAAUUGAUCCUAGAAUUAGUGGAAACAAUAAAAUAGUCGUUGAUGAAUCAAAAGAUUAUGUGGGGAAGUAUAACUUUAGCUCAAUUGGAACAACAGAAAGCGGUUAUAUUGCUAUUGGAUCAGAAAAAGGUGACAUAAAGUUGUAUGAUAGGCUAGGUAUUAGGGCAAAGACUGCCAUACCUUCACUAGGUCAAGCAAUUAAAUUUAUCACCAUAUCCGCUGACGGAAAAUGGCUAUUGGCGACUUGCGAGAGCACUUUACUUCUUAUGGAUUUACAAAUUAAGGAUGGUAAAAAUGCUGGUAAUAUUGGAUUUCUGAAGUCAUUCCCGGCGAGCGAAAAUGUUAAAACAUAUGUAUUAAAGAUACGACCAGAACAUUCGGCAUCCAUUUUAACAUACACAAAGAAACCGAUCAGAUUUACCAAGGCUUACUUUAAUACCGGUAUAGGUCAACAGGAACAAACUAUUGUUACCUCGACAGGUCCCUAUGCGAUUUCUUGGUCAUUGAAGGGCAUUUUAGAUCAAGAUGGUAGUAAGAACUAUCCUUACAGAAUCCGUAGGUACAACGAUGAUGUUGUUGCUGAUAAUUUCGAAUUUGGUUCGAACAAAAAGGUUAUAGUUGCCUUGAAAGACGAUGUCUCUCUAUCGAAAGUAAAAUCUUUCAAACAGCCAACCAAGGGAGUCUUGAUGCCAAGUGCUUCUCUUCAAGAUUUUUAUGGUUAA